AUGUUCGACAGUUUAAGUCAGAUACCGGUGGAAAACCAGAUAUUUUAUGCGGUUUUGGGCUUUUCGUGGACGAUGUAUCUAUGGGAGGCCUACCUUGCAUAUAGACAGCGGAGGAUAUACAGAUCAACGACAAAUGUGCCACAAGAGCUCGGAAAGAUAAUCGAUUCAGAAACAUUUGAAAAAUCCCGACUCUAUCAGCUGGAUAAAAGUAACUUCAGCUUUUGGUCUGGUCUGUAUUCAGAAACGGAAGGAACGCUGGUCUUGCUCCUUGGUGGGAUUCCUUAUCUGUGGGACAUCGCUGGCGAAGAGAUAAAGUACUUUGGAUUCGGGCCGGAGUACGAGAUCACGCAGUCUCUUGUGUUUUUGACUCUCGCCACCCUGUUCACCGCUUUGACUGGCCUUCCCUGGAGUUUGUACAACACGUUUGUCAUUGAGGAGAAGCAUGGCUUCAACCAGCAGACGCUGGGGUUCUUCAUCAUAGAUGCCUUGAAGAAGUUUGCCGUGACUCAGUGUAUCCUGCUGCCCGUAACCUCGCUGCUACUCUACAUCAUCAAAAUUGGAGGGGACUAUUUCUUCAUCUACGCCUGGCUCUUCACCCUGGCUGUUUCCCUGAUCCUCGUGACCAUCUACGCUGACUACAUCGCUCCCUUGUUUGAUAAAUUCACUCCUUUGCCAGACGGAGAGCUGAAAACUGAAAUUGAAGCCAUGGCCAGCAGUAUAAGUUUCCCACUCACAAAAGUUUACGUCGUUGAAGGUUCCAAACGGUCUUCACACAGCAACGCGUACUUCUACGGCUUUUUCAAGAACAAACGUAUCGUGCUGUUUGACACGCUGCUGGAGGACUAUUCCCCACUAAACAAGGGGGAAGAGGCAAAGCCCGUCCAACCUGAAAAUGACGGCGAUCAAGGCGACUCAAAAUCCAAGCCAAAGCACAAGAAACAAGGAUGCAACAACCAAGAGAUCCUUGCUGUUUUGGGUCACGAGCUGGGUCACUGGAAGCUUGGUCAUACUGUCAAAAACAUUGUCAUCAGUCAGAUGAAUUCCUUUCUUUGUUUCUUUCUAUUUGCUGCCCUCAUCGGACGGAAGGAGUUGUUUGUCGCAUUUGGAUUCAACGACAGCCAGCCCACCCUAAUUGGCUUGAUGAUUAUCUUCCAGUUCAUCUUUUCUCCAUAUAAUGAGCUUCUAUCCUUCUGCCUGACUGUCCUCAGCCGCAGGUUCGAGUUUCAAGCGGACGCUUUUGCACGCAACAUGGGCAAAGCCUCUGAGCUCUACUCCUCUCUCAUCAAGUUGAACAAGGACAACCUGGGCUUCCCCGUGGCCGACUGGUUGUACUCCAUGUGGCACUACUCGCACCCGCCCCUGCUAGAGCGUCUCAGAGCACUCGGCAGUGUCAAGCAGGACUGA